GUUCCAGAACCCUAAACCUGGAUGCUAGGAAGAUCGCAUUGUCUCUCGCUCGGCUACCGAUUUUGCUCAGUUUGCAAGGAUUUUGCCGGAUUCCGUGGCUUCACUUAGGCUUACAGACGGAGAUUUGCGUCUUCGUUUCAUUGCAGUGGUUGAUGUUUUUGUGAGGAGGUUUUUCGGGGGCGAGAAGUCGUAGCUAUGUUGAAGUAUCUGUCCAAAGUUAGAGUAGAAUUCAACGCGCUCGACAAGAGGGCGUCGUCGGCGCUUGAAUUUCUAGCGCAAUGUAACUCUCGGAAAGCACGGAGCUCGAACCCUAAUUGCGAGGUGGUAGUGAAGCGGAGGACAGAUAAUGCACCUCCUGUCGUGGCUGUGACGUUCACCAAUGGCAGAGAGGAGGUGAUGGAUGGGACCUCCAUGGCUGCAAAUCAGAUUAGGACGAAGAUUUUGGAGCAGGCGGAGCUUAUGGAGACUGAGAAGAUGUUUCGCGAUGCUGGAUACGAUUGGCCGGUCAUCAUCCCCAUGGAAGAAGUUGAGGCCUCUCGAAGGGAAAUGGCGAUGAAGGCAGAGAAGAAGGCGGAGAAGAAGAUCGUGUCGAAGACGGGGACAGAGACGAAGUUGAGCUAACUCAGGCUUCUUUUCUAUAAAACUUGUCUGUCUUUUCGAGCGACUCAAUUUUUUUGACCGGGCUAGGAAUCUGCGCGAGAUAAGGUGAUAUCAGAUCAUGAGGUAUGCGUUCUCUUCCAAGACGAGCCAACCUCAUGCUAUUAAAGAAAAUUCUGCUAGGAGAAGAAGAUUGUGUGUUGGAACAUAGGAUUUGAGCAACAUCCUUAAUAGAAUUUGCAGUGGUUCUGGACGAAACUUUAGAUAUGUGGUAGUAUUUAUGAUUAUUGGCAUAUAUGCCAAGAUGGGCAUUUGAUUGAAGAACCAGAAGUUUCAAUCAUCACUCCAAUUCGUUCAUCUUCCACUUGUGGUGCACGUUGAAUUGCCUUGUUGGGUUCUUCUAUCGGGCUAUCGUUACGCACAGUAGCAUUAUUUUCCAAUGGUGCUGGGUCUUUGUGUUGCGACGAAAUUCAAGAAAACUGCGUAGCUGUUGUCAUUGUUCA